GGCGCAGCCCGGCCGGAACGGGCCAGGUACGGAACCAUCAAUCGAGUGUUGAGCAGUGGUGGGAACGGCGGAAAGGUGGUAGCGGGGAACCAGAGAGACAGAAAGUGCGGAGAAGAGAAGAAGAGGGAGUGAAAGGAAGAUAUGUGGCGGCGACUCGUACGACGGGACAUUCAACUCAACAUCCUCCUUUUACUGCUUCUGAUUAUAUCAGCUCUAACUAUCUUCCGCCUGAAUACACCUCAAGACGAGGCCGCCGCCACAAUCGAGGGCCCCCACGCCGGUCGGGUGCGUCGGGAGGUCUCACAACCAGAGCCCGACUCUCGUACCGUGUAUGUCAUCACAGCGACCUAUCCACGGCCGGAACAGGAGGCCGAUCUCGUGAGGUUGUCUCAGACCCUGAUGCACGCAAAGCCGUUCCUCUACUGGAUUGUGGUGGAAGAUGCGCCGAAGAGGACCCCGGCGGUGGCACAGCUGCUGAAACGGUCAGGACUGCGUCAUGUUCACCUACUCGGCGAGCCAGCGCCCGUUCCGGCCAAGAAGCCCCGUUUCUGGGGCCGAAUCCCGCGAGGCGUCACUAAUCGCAACACUGGCCUGAGGUGGUUGCGAAAAUACGCCGCCAGCGGCGUAGUUUAUUUUGCUGACGAUGAUAAUACGUACGACAUACGACUCUUCAGAGAG